AUGGAGGAAGAGCAAAAAAAUCCAAGAUUACUUGAUAUAUUUAAACUUCCAUGUGCUAAACGUGUCGAGUUACAUUAUGCUGGAGCACGAGCACAUUUGAUAAACAGUUCGGAUAUAUUACGUCAGUCAUCUCAAGAACAACAACUCUAUGAAAAAUAUCACUCAGCCGGUGAACCAUAUGGUCCAUGUAUCUAUUCAUCCAAAGGUGAACAUUUUACUGAAGUUGCUCCAAAAUUAAAAAAAUUAGUAGAAAAUAUUAAAUUUGAUUUAAAAUACUUUGGUUAUAUGGAAUAUGCCUACGGUUUAGAAGAACAUCGUCAAAUAAUGAAAACAAUUAUCUUACGUGAUCAUCAACUAACUGAUUAUAUUAAUACAGUACCGAUAGAAUAUCACUUUGAAGUUGGAUGUUUUAUGAAUUCUACACGUCUUUGUAUGUAUGAUCUUGGUCGAUUAAUAGUACAAGAAUGUAAAGAUAGAAAACCGUAUGUUUUAUCAUUUGAACCAGGAUGGGAUUAUGCUGGUGUUUAUGAAAGUUUAAAUAUGGAAGUUUUACAUUUACCAAUAACACAUAAAACAGAAUUUGUACCCGAUUUAAAUGAAUGGACAAAAUAUCUUGAUAAACAAAAGGUAAAACAUCUUGAUCUUGUUAUUAUUAAUACUCAACAUAAUCCAACAGGCAAACAAUGGACGAGUGAUGUUGUUAAUUAUCUUAUUGAUCUUGCUCUCAAAUAUCAUUCUUAUUUGCUAAUUGAUGAUGCCUAUUAUUGUGUUAAUGAUCCACGGAUACCAGUUGUGAAUACAGUAAAAUUAUGGUUAGAACGAUUGAAAUAUAUCCAAUUUAAGGAUGAAAUGUUUAAUCGUUGGAUUCAAACGCGUCCAUUUGGUAAACAAUUUAAUUGUAAUGCAAUGGGGGUAGCAGCUGUUACAGCAUCCCCAACCUUGAUGAGUCGUCUAAAUCAUAUAUAUUGGGAUCAUCACUAUAUAAAUGGGUGUUUAAAUGCUGAAAUAAUGUGUCAGUGGUUAAAAGAUCAUUUACAUGAUGCCGAUGAAUUUAUCGUUGAGAAUUGUUUAGAGUUAACACGUAAGAAAAAAAUUAUUCGUGAAUUUAUGGAAAAAGAAUUAGGAUAUCCGUCAAAUGCUAUUUGUACUGGUCCAUCUACAUCUUAUUUAUUAUUUCAAGCACCAACAGUUUAUCAGCAAGAUAAAGAAAAAGAAAAUAAAAGUAUAUCCGAUAUUACAGAAGAUUUUAGCAAUAGUUUAUUUUAUUCAACUGGCGUCAUGUUAUCGGGUAAACUGUUCAGUCAUUCGGAUGUAUCACCGUUUGUCCGUUUACAUCUCGGUUCAGAUUGUGAUAAUUUAGAAGAAAUAUUAAGAAGAUUUAAACAAGCCGGUUUAAAUUAUCAAAUGAAAGAAAAAUUUCCUGGAGAAAAGGGAUUGAAAAAAAAUGUUAAAAUUAACAAAUAG